CAGCUUCCCACGAGUGAGGCCAGCAACAUGGAGGCUAUGGAGACAACUUGUGUUAUUGGAUAUAGAGGCAAAGCAAGGGCCUUUUAUGUCGUUUUUGGAGUUUAUAUACAGGUGGUGAACGCAGAAGUAGUCUGCGGUUCUCGGCGGUAGUGUCUGCACCGUUCUACGUCCUCUCGUUGUGUGUGCCCUACGUAUACCCGAAAUAUCUUUACUUGGUUUACCUGAAUGCUUAUCACUUAUAACAUUAACAGGGUUCACACUGACGUAUGCCUAGUCCCGAUCAAUAUAUGUUCAUUAGAGCCGAGGCAUCAUGGAAGCAUGAGGCUACUUUCUGUAGUCAAAGAGAGACGAGAUCCAAGAAACAGUGUUUAAUUCACACAAAAGGUCGACUUUCGGGGAGCAGUGGCAUUGCUUGUCUGGGUUAUAUGCUACAGUUUAUGGGUCUACUGUUUAUCAGAGUGAAACGAUCUCCGUUCCUGGGGGGGCUUCUCGCUCCCAGCGCCGAGGAUUCGUUAAGAGUCGACUUUUGUCCUGCGUGCGGAGCUUCAAUUUGGCCAUCCCCUCGCCUCGCGUCAAAGGGAUACGAGAGAUUGGCAAAUCACACGGCGUUUCCCCCCACACACAUCCACACAAAACUCACAGGGCACAUCGCGGCGGAGCUCUCUGUGCGCGACAGACAGCGGUCGAACUUCAGACGCGCCGGAGGUCCUCUUCUGCUCUGGACCGGAAUGCUUCCCGUGGCUUUUUGUUGGCCCCCGUUGUAGUUUGUUGACAUCUAGGGAGUUACUUUUUUUUUUAUUGAGGAGGUUUGUCGACUCAUCUGCUGCCUUUUUCUUUAUUUUUCCAGUGUUUUACUCCGACUCCCUUGACUCUUUUCUACAAGAGGAACCGACAUGGAGAUAUACGUGUAUGCAUUGCUUUUGCAGUGUUUUGUCUGUAGUUUUGUCCCCACCGCGAUCGCUUUUUCGGAGGAGCCCAGCAGAUCGGACGGGUUCUGCGGUCGUAUCCUCAGGGCGCAGACACAGGGGACUCGGAGGGACGGGUACCACGAGUUUAGACUUCGGGUUGAGGGGGACCCGGAGAGCUACCAGCCGGGGAGCUCUUACAGAGUGGUCCUUCUUGCCUCCAGCCCUGCGUACUUCAGAGGCUUUACCCUCAUCGCUCUAAAGGAGGGCAGAGAGGGCACAGCAGCGGGCCAUUAUGCCGGUCAGUUCCAGAUCAUUGAGGAGGAGGACACCCAGUUCAUGACCAACUGCCCCCCCGCGGUGACGGAGACCACCCCUCGCCGGCGCACCAGGAUCCAGGUCCUCUGGACGGCUCCCCCAGCGGGCAGCGGCUGCGUCAUACUCAAGGCCAGCAUCGUCCAGAAGAGGGUCAUCUACUUCCAGGAUGAGGGCUCCUUAACCGUGCAACUCUGUGAGAAAGAGCACGUUCCCGGGGAGGCCACGCUGCCCCCGGCCCUGGAGUGCUGUGCGUGCGGAACAGCCAAGUACAGACUCACCUUCUUUGGAAACUGGUCGGAGAAGAUCCAUCCCAAAGACUUCCCCAGACGGGCCAACCACUGGUCUGCCCUGAUCGGGGCGUCCCACACCGCGGGGUACACGCCCUGGGAGUAUGGGGGCUACGCCAGCGAGGGCGUCCGGCAGGUGGCCGAGCUGGGCUCUCCCAUCAAGAUGGAGGAGGAGAUCAGACAGAAGGCAGAUGAAGUACUGACUGUGAUUAAAACCAAGGCUCAAUGGCCUGCAUGGCAGCCUCUCAAUCUGCGGGCGCCCCCUUCGGCGGAGUUCUCGGUGGACCGCGUGCGCCACCUGAUGUCGUUCCUCACCAUGCUGGGCCCGAGCCCCGACUGGAACGUGGGGCUGACCAAGGAGGACCUCUGCACCCCGGAGUGCGGCUGGGUCCAGAGGAUGGAGGCGGAGCUGCUGCCCUGGGACGCCGGCACCGACAGUGGCGUCACCUACGAGUCUCCCAACAAGCCCACGGUCCCCCAGGACAGGAUCCGACCCCUGAGCCGACUGGACCACCCCCAGAGCCCCUUCUACGACCCCCUGGGGGGAGCCAUGCCAUCGCUAGCCAGGGUGGUGGUGGAACGGAUCGCUAGGAAGGGAGAGCAGUGUAAUACCGUGCCAGACUUGGUGGAUGACAUCGUAGCCGACAUUGGACAGCAGGAGCAGGAAAAAGAGGACGACGCCCCUGAGACCUGCAUCUACUCGGCCUGGUCUCCCUGGUCGGCCUGCAGCAGCGCCACCUGCGACAAGGGCCGCAGGAUGAGGCAGAGGAUGCUGAAGGCCCAGCUGGACCCCACCGUGGCCUGUCCCCGCACGCAGGACUUCCAGCCCUGCAUGGCUCCCGGCUGCAGCCUGGAGGAGCCGUCCGCCUGUAUGAUGUCGGAGUGGAUCGGCUGGUCGGCCUGCAGCGCCUCCUGUGGGAUGGGCAUGCGGUCGCGGGAGCGCUACGUCCAGCAGUACCCGGAGGACGGCGCCCUCUGCCAGCUGCACACCGAGGAGACGGAGAAGUGCCAGGUCAACGCCGAGUGCUCUCCCAGCAGCUGCAUUGUGACCGAGUGGGGCGAGUGGGACCCCUGCAGCGCCACCUGUGGGCUGGGAAUGAGAAGGCGAGAGCGCAUGGUGAAGAUGCCGCCUCUGGACGGAUCCAUGUGCAAAGCGGAGGUGCUCGAGGUGGACAAGUGCAUGAUGCCAGACUGCGGCGCAGCGCCCUGCAUGCUGUCCCCGUGGUCGGACUGGGGGGGCUGCAGCGUGUCGUGUGGCGUGGGGAUGCGGACCCGCCAGCGGAUGCUGAAGUCGGGGCCGGCGUCCUGCUCAGAGGAGCUGGAGCAGAGCGACAAGUGCAUGCUGCCCGAGUGCCCUGUGGACUGCAUGGUGUCCGAGUGGUCCGAGUGGUCCGAGUGCAACAAGUCGUGCGGUAAGGGCCACACCCUCCGCAGCCGCAUGGUGAAGCUGGAGCCGGGCCCCGGCGGCAGCGCCUGCCCCGAGACCGUGCAGAGGAAGAAGUGCAAGGUCCGCAAGUGCCGGGCCAAGACGAAAGAGGAGAGAGGUGGAGGUGGAGGAGGUGGAGGUGGGAAGAGGAGGCGAAGGGGCAAACAGGGGAGAGACGCAGCAGUGGAGGAACAACCAGGGUGCCGGAUGCAGCCGUGGACCGGCUGGACGGGCUGUACCAAGUCCUGCGGCGGGGGUAUCCAGGAGCGCUUCAUGCUGGUGAAGAAGAAAGCCAAGGUUGCCAGCUGUAAGGAUCGGAAGGAGAUCCGCGGCUGUAACGUAGAACCCUGCUAACAAGCCCCUCCUGUGCUCAAGGCUUGAAGGGAGGUGAGGGAGGGUAUACAUACGCAGUAGACAUGUGAGUUUUCAAAAUGUGUUGCUUAAAAGAUUGCUGACCAGACAAGACACAUCCGUUAGAGUUGACUCGAUGCCAAGGCUGAGCUGCCGAAACACGCAUUUUAGAUUCACUUUUACAAGUUUUUACAGACGUUUUCAGGUCAAAGAGACAUUCACAAAGUAUUUUAGUAUUAUAACAACCCUUUUGCAGUCCCUCCCAUAAGGUCCUCGAUGAUUCCCGACAGACGUGGGAGGAAUCUCGAUGCGUGAAAACAUAUGUUGCCAGGCCCCUUCUUUAGCCUGUGAUGCAAAAUGACCCUAACUCUAAAAGUGUGCUUUUUCCUUUCAAUAUCAAGUAAGACGAGACGCAAUAGCUUUCCUUGUGUGCUGUUUUGGGUUUAUGGACCUUUGCAUGGCGAUGUAUUGUCAAUGGCAAUGUAUUGUAUUGUCACGGCAAUGUAUUGUCAAUGGAAACGGCUCUUUCUUAGCUACAAGUCUAAAAAAAUGUCCUUGAAAAAUACACUUGAUACCGAUCUGUGAAUGGAUUUGAAGAGAAAUCAGGAUGUUGCAAUGCCAUAAGGGGGUAAAAUACUUUGUGAAUACGGCCCUUGGAGAUAAAUAAACACAACGUACAAAGAUAGAUUCAGCUGACCAAACGACACGCAUGAGUGAUUGCUCACAUAUUUUAUAACUGUAAUGAAUUAGCCUUUAUAAACUGUGCUGUUGUCCUUGACGGUCGUGUAAGAAGAUGUAGCACUAACCCGCGGUAGCUCCAUGUCAGAGUAGCUUGUUACAGCUCGUGUUCAGCUGAUUCUUUUCUGUUCUUUAACAAGCAACGCGUUGACAUACGCUUAUAUCAAGCAUUCUCUUUCAUAAAUGUCGCUGUGUACAAAGAAAAAAUGUUAGUUUAGUUAUAUUGGUGUCAAUGAAAUGAUCUUUCAAAUGUUACAAGAAUUUGGGGACGGAUUGCUGCAGGCGUUUGUUGAACGUCAUCAUGUACCGACCAUUGUUGCUUCAUUCAGUAUACAGUGUUUUGUAGCAAAUACAUUGAUUGUGAUUAAAUGAAAGCUGUGAGAUUUGUUUUAGGUAUGAAUGAACGUACUGAAUUUGGAUAUACUGCAGAAGCCUAUUAAGAGGGGGUGCCAUCAUUUCAAUGAAAAAAAAAAAAUCCAGAAGGAAGCAUUUGUUUGAUUUUUUCCCAACAUUACAGCCCAAUAGUUUAAUUACUUGGUCAAUCUGACUGUUGAUUGUUAUGCUUUCUCCCAGGUAGGUUUCUUUGCAAUUUGAUCAUGUGACUAUUUUGUAAUAAAGCAUAUUUACAAUUAAAAUAUAAAUGAGGAAAUAAAAAGAUGAAAAACCCUAAAUGGA